UUCUUUACUGCUUUAUGAUCUACUUCCCAAAUGUUCCGUGACAUCACGAAGGUUCUUUUUUCUGCCGCCAGUGACCUCUCAUAGCGCAACAGACUUUUUGAGGAAGUGAAUUUUCCCACAAACGGGAAGUUCCAUUUGUUAGUUUACGAACACGGGACACAUUACAGCCACCAGUAAAGAGAGUAGCAGAGUAAAGUAUAAAGAGGUUUAAACACCUAUUUACUGUAAAACAUGGCUUCACAACAGUACUGGCAUCUUUGUCUGUUGCUGAUUUGGAUUUUCAAAAUGCUUCUUCCUUUAUGUUCAGGCGCUGCAGCUCCAAGAUUACAUUUUUUUGACACCGUUUUUGUAGCAAUCAGAGGGGAAGAUCUCCACGUUCAUUACGAGCUGCACAUCCCCGCAAACCAAAGUAGUGAUGUCUUGAUGUGCUACGACCCUUAUCGCCAGCUGAUUUUUAAACACACAUUUUUGGCAACUCGUGACCGUGCUCUGAGCAACAAUGCCAUAAUGCACCUGAAAAAUCUCAUGAAUUCAGGAGAAUAUCGUUGCCAGUAUAAAGUGGCCAAAGCAUAUUUUUUUCUGCGACUACGAGAUGAAAGCUACAGGGAUCUUGCUACGGUGGACUACACAAACUUCAUAGUAGUGGGCUUCUUCAGCGGUGUGUUGCUGAUUUUUAGUAUAGUCAGCUCUGUGUAUGUCUUCAGAGGAACUUGGAUGGGAAAAAACCAUGAGCAUGGCAAUGUAAGCAAUGAUCGAGAGAAGAAAAAACAACAAGCAGACAAGCCUGAGGAUGACAGCAUGGGUGUAACAAUAGCUUCUCCCACAUCCCUUUAUGCCAGUCUUGAGUCACGACCUCGAUCCAUUUAUGAUGUGCUGGACCGCUCAUCUGUCAAAAACACAGAGCAAAGAAAGCCUGCUCUUAAGCCAAAAACAGGCCACACCCCGGUGAAACAAAGAACGCAAGCACAAGAUGAAGGGGUACUUGAGUCUGUUUACGAGAAUUUUUAAAUCGUUACUCUGAGUCAACCCCAGCUGAUAUUGUAAUUUGUAACCCAAGAACAUUAAAGACAUGUAUAUAUAUAUAUACACACACACACGUGGUUCAUUUUUCUAAGAAGACUACAAAAUCACGAUGUAAAAUUAUUCUAAUACAAACUCCAAUUACUUGAAGUUGGAUUUUUGUGUUAAGAAUAAGUUAAAACAGACUGCAAUUAAAUUAAAUUACUAUAAUAAUAUGUAAUUAUAUUUUUUAUAAGUUUAUUUGAUGCAACACAACGCAAAAAUGCUGAAAACGGUAUUUAAAAAAAUAUAUAUAUAUAUCACCUUUCCUUUUAAUGAUACCCAAAAAGCAUUUGCUGUCUGAGGACAACAAUAGUUCAAGCUUUGUAGGUAGAAUUCUUUCAAAUUCUUGCGUGAUUACAACUCCAUUCCCUCAAUAGUCUAAGUCUUCAACGAGUUUUUUUUCAUUUAGGUUAACUAUAUAAUAUUCGAGUAAAUAAUUUGAAAGACAAUUUCCACAUACAUUGUGGGUUACUGAGCAAGGCAUAGGCAAACUAGAAGGUUGCCUGGGGCAUUACCUAGUGGAUUGGACACGAAAUUGCAGUUUAAAAAAUUGUAACCUUGGACAUUUUGGGGUAUAUUUGACGUCAUGAGCAAUGGCUUAUGAUCUGAAAGAUUCACUUUUGCCAUUCAAAAAUGUCUGCUCACAGCAAUUAUGCCUACUUCCUGGAAAUGUUGGCCUUUAUUGAUGCUUUUUCCGUUAUUACACAGCAGAAAUAUAUAUAUAUGUAUAUGUAUAUUUUAUCACAUUUUUUUUCAACCUUGUCUGCUGUGUAAUUGUUGAGGGAAAAAAACUUGUAUUUUGCUGUAUUGAAAAGAAAGGCACUGCAUUUUCUUUUAUUGUUCAUUUCAUCUGCAACUGGCUGGCAAUCAGUUCAGGGUGUAGCCUGCCUCCUGCCCAUUGUUUGCUUGGAUAGGCUCCAGGCCCCUUGCGACCCUUGUGAGGAUAUGCAGUUUGGAAAAUGUAUGAAUGGAUGAAUUUUCAUUUCAUUUCAAACAGAAAUUGUUAAAUACAGUGAGCAUAAUCAGUGCCCUGUG